AAGAGGAAAAACCACGUUCCUAUCCAAGAAACCUAACCGAAACCUAUCGUCAUGGAGUGUGUCUCAAGCACAGAGGAUAAACCACGCACAGGAAUACUUAAUCUUGAUGUUCUCAGUUGCCCUAUUUGCAUCGAGCCAUUCACUAUUCCUAUCUUCCAGUGUGAUAAUGGGCACUUAGCUUGCUCCUCUUGCUGUCCCAAACUGCGUAAUAAAUGUCCUUCCUGUGCUUGGCCUGUUGGCCACAGUCGCUGCAGAGCAUUGGAGACUGUUCUUGAGUCGACCUCUAUCCCAUGCCAAAACGCCGAGUUUGGAUGCACCGAAAAAUUGACUUAUGGGGAAGAAUCAACUCAUGAAAAGACGUGCAGUUUCUCUCCAUGCUCCUGCCCUGUACAAGAUUGCAAUUACAUUGGCUCAUACAAGGAUGUCUACGUUCACUAUAAAAAACUUAUCCACAAGAACCCCCAAUCAACAUCACAGCGCUAUAGGGUCCGUUGUGGCGAAUCCUUUUGUGUCAAGAUGAAUAUCAGUGAUAACUUAGUAAUCGGUACGUUGUAUAAGGAGAGGCUAUUGUUUACAGUGCAGAGUUUCAGGAAGUCUAAUGGUGUGUAUGUUACUGUAAGCUGCAUUGCACCAUCUUCUCCAAAAGCAGGAAAGUUCUCAUAUUGUAUAACUUAUACAGUGGAUGGACUCAGUAUAACUUACAAAUCACCAGAGUUGAAGAAGAUUCAGAGUGUGAGCUUUCAUACACCUCCAGAAAAUUAUAUGUUGAUUCGUAACAGUUCACUGCAUGGUGAAUCGUUGGAGAUGAGGAUUUGCAUCAAGAAAGGAAAAAAAGAUGAAACGAACGAUAUAAAAGGUCCUUAUCAGAAGUGAAGAGUGUUCUUGAAGUAAGCUCUUAAAUCUCUAAGUCUGAACAGAGUUUCAUGUUUGUUCCUAACAAUUUUUUUGUUUGGUAAAUCGUUGAAGAUUAAUUACCAACUAGUCCAUUUCUCACUCAACCAGACAUUGUUUCUCUCUUGUAAUCUGAUAUACAAGAUUGGUCUUUUUAUUUUUGCUUUUGAUAUUCUUAUGAUAUCUCUAUCUAUCUCGUCUGAUCGAUUUAAUGCUCCCGUUUUCAUUAACUACGAUGUAACUUGAAAAAUGGGCUGGAUUAAUAGAUUGUUCCAUUUUUUUUCUUGAUCACGUAUGAUUUACACGUGAGAAUGAAGUUGAGUAUCAUCAAUGGCAGCCAAUUUCUUUUGAGCUUGUGGAUUUAGGUGAUGAAAUGAUAGACACGGGUGAUUUAUACUUUCUUCAUUAACUCUCAAGAUUUUACUCUUCCAGAAGUUGAUAAAUUGGGAGGGAGACGACAUAUUUUCUCUUUAUGUCCCAAGUUUGUGCACCUAGUGAAAGUAGACGGAAUUCAAGUGUACUCAACUUCAACCAAAUAUAUAUUUCUUAUCUUAUCAUCGCAACCAGUUAGUUUGUGGUCAAACUGAAAAUGUGUUGUUGUUUUGUAUAAAAUCCUCAUAUUUUAUAAUAAUUGAAGAUUUAUUUUUAUGAUCUAUGUUUAUAUAUUUUAGGUUAAAUUACAGUUUAGAUAAUUUAAUUGAUAAAUUUAAAACCAUAUAUUUGUAACCAAAUUUAUGUCAAAUGUAGCUACUGACUUGCUAAGGGAAUUAUUGCUAAUGUUGGUAGCCAUAUAGCUACAAUUUUUUACAAACAAAAAAAAUCAGUAGCUAAAGUCAUCACUAAUUAGAAAUGAAACAAGUCAUAGCCAUAUUGUUACUAUUGGCUACGGAAACUGCUCUCGCUAAUCCGUUAUAAGUUACGGAGCUG